AGGAGUGUGAAGAUCAGGGUUGAUCAAACUACCUAGGUUGACCCCUGAGUCUCCUUUCCUCCCAGUCAAGGAUACAGGUCGUUCAAAAGACAAGACAGCCAGGACAAGCACAGUGCCCAGGGGUUAAUCCUGUGUCACCCUUCCCAAAGCAGCCAUGUCGCAAUUCUGUACAAUGCCAGCUGGAGAGAGGAAGAUGCGUGCCGCAGCUAUUUGUCGAGAGGUCCACAGUGCCAAUGGUGACGCUAUGGACCUGGGGAUAAAGGUUAGCACUCCCAAAGACAUCAUGCUGGAGGAGCUGUCUCUGCAGUCCAAUAGAGGUUCCCGUCUUUUCAAAAUGCGCCAAAGGAGAUCUGAGAAGUACACUUUUGAAAGUAUCCAAAAUGAAGCAAACAUGCAGCUGAGUCAAGACAUUCUAACUGAGAACACAGAGAAAGACGAAAACAAAGAGGGAUUGAAAACUCUUCCUAACACAGGAAACCCACCAAAUACCGAUAGCAUUGCACCAGGAUAUGGGGGCCCCUUAAAGGACAUGUCAGCAGAGGCGUCUAACUCGACAGCUAUACCCAAGUCUUACCACUCGCCUUGGCAGCAGGCUAUCAUCAAUGACCCUGCCCUGGCCGAGACCCUAAACUUAAGGAUGCCCAUCCCAGAGCCCAGACCAGAAGCUCCUGACUACAAGAGCUUUAACAGGGUUGCAACACCAUUCGGUGGUUUCGACAAAGCCCCCCGGAGCAGUGGGAUCACAUUCAAACUACCUGAGAUAGACCUGAACCCCCCUAGCUAUCCUGAGCUCCAGGACCCAGGAAUGAAACGGCCCACCUUCAACAGAGUUGCCCAAGGAUGGAUAUCCGAUGGUGCCCCUAUCAUCCUGCCCACUGUACCCCUGGAACCUAUGCCCAUCCCUGAGUCAGAUGACCUUUAGAUGACCUAGAAAGACAAAGGAGCACUGUAACAACAAGAUCCCUUGCUGGCACCUCAAAUCAUAUCUGAUCUCCAGUUUAGGGCCGAAGCUGAAAUCAUGAUUAUUUAUAUGUACAACCAACUUGUGGUUUAAAAUAGGGUUCAUGCUGCCAUGUUUCAAUUAUGUGCCUUUUGCCUGAGCAAUGAACCGUAGUUAGUUUUGCACCACCUAUCAAGUGAAUAACAUGUAAAUAAAUAGCACACAUGACAUGAAAUUAUUAUUUUGGAUAUCAGAUAUCAGAAUAAGUUUUGUCUUUUAGUGAUGUAGACUGGUUGCCUGUUAUACAUUUAGAAUGGGCUUAGCAAUGUGCAAAUAAAUAUGUAAAUUAU